AUGCCCUUAGAUGUUCUGGGCCGCACGCGCGCUACACUGAUCAAGUCAGCGAGUUUACAACCUUGGCCGGAAGGAAUUCCUAGUAAGCGUGAGUCAUCAGCUCGCGUUGAUUACGUCCCUGCCCUUUGUACACACCGCCCGUCGCUACUACCGAUUGAAUGGCUUAGUGAGGCUUUCGGAUUGGAUUUUGGCAGCUGGCAACAGCAGCUAGAAUCUGAAAAGUUAUCCAAACUUGGUCAUUUAGAGGAAAAUUCAGUGAAUCAUCGAAUCUUUGAACGCAUAUUGCGCUCUCUGGUAUUCCGGAGAGCAUGCUUGUUUGACUCCUUGACUGAUGCAGGAAAUGUGAAAAUAUAUAUAUUUCCACAAAACUCGAUCUCAAAUCAAGUAAGACUACCCGCUGAACUUAAGCAUAUCAAUAAGCGGAGGAAAAGAAACUAA